AUGAGCAGAAGACACAACCCGGGUGCAACUAGAAUCCAUUGUCCUCGUAGGAGGUGUAACAACACGUUGUGGGAGACAAUUGAAAAUGUUGGAUUUCAUUUAGUAAGGAAUGGAAUGAUUGAGACAUAUAGCAUUUGGAACUUUCAUGGGGAACAAUUAUACAAUGCUUCGUCUUUAAAUGCCACAAGGGUGGACAAUGUUGAACCUAUUGUGGAUCCUAAUGAACAAGUCAUGGAUAUUAUAAAUGAUGUUUUUCUAUUUGCAUCGACCACCAUCAAUCAGGAAGGGGAAGAUGACGUGCCUACCCCAAUGGACAGUGUUGAGUUCGAACAAUAUGAACAACUGUUAAAAAAUGCAAACCAAGAGUUAUUCCCGGGGUGCGAUAGCUUUUCCGUUCUCACGGCCAUUAUGAAGCUAAUGCACAGAAAAAUAAAGUAUAGUAUGUCGAACCUAUGUUUCGAUUACUUUUUGGGAGUUUUCAAGAGAAUGCUUCCGACGAACAAUUGUUUGCCGAAAGACCAUAGAUACGCGCAAAAGGUGUUGAAUGGUCUUGGAUUGGGUUAUGAAAAAAUUCAUGCUUGCAAAAACAAUUGCAUGUUAUUCUACAAAGAGUAUGAAACAUUGGAUACAUGCCCUAUAUGCAAAGAGUCGAGAUUCAAGAUGACAUCUCAGAAUAGAACGACUAAGAUCCCACAAAAAGUCAUGCGUUAUUUGCCCCUGAGACCUAGGCUACAGCGAUUGUAUAUGUCGAUUCAUACUGCCACAGACAUGAGCUUGCAUAAGAAAAAACGGGUAGACGACGAUGUGAUGCGGCAUCCUGCAGAUGGGAGGCAUGGACAGAGUUUGAUCAAACAUUCCCUGAGUUUGCUGCUGAUCCCCGAAAUGUUAUAUUGGGACUUGCCACUGACGGAUUCAAUCCGUACAGGCACAAAGGGUUAUAUGGCAUGCCCUGUAUGCAAGGAAGAUAUAACUUUUGGUUGGCACGCGAGAAAAGUUUGUUAUCUUGGUUAUCGAAGAUGGUUGCCAUGGGACCACGAAUGGCGGGAAAAUGAUAAAGAGUUUGACGGGAACACAGAGCAUCGCCUCAGACCUAGAGAAUGGUUCAGUGAUGAGAUCUUGGAAUAG